AUGGGGAAGAGAAAUAACGCGUCUUCGAAUAAAACCGCGAGUGCGUCGACGCAGACGGUCGCCGAGCGCGCAAUCAACCUGAACGCGAGCGAUUCCAACGUCAAUGAAGUCUUGGAACUCUUGAGAGCCAUCAAGUCACCGACGUCUUCGACGUCACGAGACGCCUUCGACGCCCUGGUCGGUCUCGAGCGGUUCUGGUGCGAGAGAUUGGCGAGCGGGACGCUCGAUGAGCUCCGAGAGUCGCGGAAGCGAGAGGACGAGGCGGAGACGCCGAGGAGAAAGUACUUGGAGUGGUUCGCAAAGCACUACAGGACGUUUACGGAGCGGACGAUGGACGUGAUGUGCGAUGGGGGAUGGGACGGACGUACGCGGACGUUAGCGUUGGCGGUGUUGAUGGAAUGCGCGAGGUGCGAGACCCCGGGACGGUUUUCGAACGAGAUGUACGAGGAGGUGGUGCGGAGAGCGACGUCGAGCGCGGACUGGAGCGAGGAGUUAUUGGGGGCGAUGAAGACGCGUUAUCUGACCCGGGUGGACGUCAGGUAUUACACGUACGUGGCGAUGAAGAAGAUCGCGGAGGGUUUGAGGACGUACGAGGCGAAAGCGGGGCGGGCGUCUAGGACGGAUGUGGCGAGGAACGUGUACGACGUCCUGAACGCGACGCCGAGGGAAUUUGAGGAUCAUCAAUCGGGCAAUGACGCGAGUAAUCCGAGGGAUGAUUUCGCGAGAAUGUUGGCAAAACUUCGGGCGGGGCAGGACGCAGAGGAGGAGGCGGAGAAGCGCGGACCGUGGUGCGAAGACGCCGAGGGCGGCGCCGUGGACCUGGAGUCGGCAAAAAAGCGACGGAAAAUAUCCUCGAGUGUGGGCGCGUCGAAGUGGACCGAAGGCGUGCGUCAUCGUCGCGCGUUCAGUGAAGCCUGGCUCGCAUUGCUCCGAGCAGAGUUCCCCGAGGAUAUUUACCGGAAGAUUCUCAUGCGUCUGCACGUCGACGUGAUGCCGCACAUGGUGAACCCGCAGUUGCUGAGUGAUUUCUGCGUCGAUUCCAUCGACGUCGGCGGUUUGACCGGUAUGCUCGCCCUGAACGGACUCUUCAUCCUCAUGACCCAACACGGGUUGGAGUAUCCGACGUUUUACAAUCGUCUGUAUCAGCUCCUGGACGGGUCGUGCUUCCACGCGAAUCAUCGUCGCGGAUUCUUCUCCCUCAUGGAUGUCUUCCUCAAGUCGCCGGCGCUCCCGGCGUACCUCGUCGCAAGCUUCGUGAAACGAUUCGCGAGACUUUCGCUGUCUGCACCGCCCGCUGGGGCCAUGCUUUGCGUGGCUUUCAUCCACAAUCUCAUUCGCCGACACAAGUCAUGCGCUGUGCUCGUGCAUCGUGAGAACGCCGCAACCGUCGACGCGGAUCCGUUCGACGCGGACGAACAAGAUCCCGCGAAAACCAACGCGCUGAAAAGCUCGGUGUGGGAGAUGGAGACGCUUCGCGCCCAUUACUGUGCGCAGGUGCCGAAAAUGGUGAGCCUGCUCGAGCGCGACCUCACCGAACGCGUGAAGACCAAGGAGCUCGACAUGGGCGAUCUAUGCGCGGCGAGCUACGGCACGCUCAUCGCCGAGGAGUUCGACGUGCGCAUGAAAAAAGUGCCGCUCGCGAAUCACGUUGAGCCGUUCACGUCGUUGUUCUCGACGCCCGAGAUGAAACGAUGUUUCGACACCUUCGCGUGA